UGCAUCUUUUGGAAGGGCCCAUGGCAGGUUGAACUCAACAGCUUCCAUGUUCCGUAAAAGUCUCUCGAGCGUUCAACGCACCGCACGCAUUGCUUGGCGACAAGCUUACAGCACCAAUGCAGACCAACCUUCCACUACCAAGGCAGCGGCAGGAUUGGCCGAGGAAGCCUUGGCUCAGAAAACAGGUGGUCGCAAAGCGACAUUACCCAAAGGCGACAAGAAACCCGCUAAAGCGGCAGGCGAGAAGUCGAAUCAGUGGAAGUCUUUUGCUUUGGGUGCAGGCGCUGUGACAGGCGGCGCUCUCGGCGGUCUCUUCUAUUUCGGUCGACCUUUCGAUGACGGUAGAGAGGACAAGUAUGCCAACGAAAAUCCUCUCUCGGCUGCUUACUCUCGUUGCAUUGAUCGUUAUAAUGAAUUCCAGCAGAAAAUGAACGAACCUAUGUGGGACAAGCUUUUGCCUGAUCCUCUUCCCGAACCUUACAGACGUCCUUACACUUUGGUUAUCAACUUGGACGAGACAUUGAUUUAUUCCACCUGGGAUAAAGAACAUGGCUGGAGACACGCUAAGCGUCCUGGUGUGGAUUACUUCUUGUCUUAUCUUUCUCAAUUCUACGAAAUUAUCAUCUUUACUUCGCAACCCUCAGCAAAUGCUUUCCCUAUUCUGGAUAAACUCGAUCCCUACCAGUAUGCCAUGUACAGACUUUACCGUGAAUCUACGCGCUAUGUAGAUGGCAAGUUUAUCAAGGAUUUAUCGCACUUGAACCGUGAUCUUAGCAAGGUCAUCAUCAUGGAUUCCAACCCUGAAGCCUUCUCCCUGCAGCCAGAAAAUGGUAUCCCAUUGACACCUUGGAAGGGAACACCGAACGACACCGGUUUGCUUGCCUACAUUCCCUUCUUGGAAGCUGUUGCUCUUACGAAUCCUGAGGAUGUUCGACCAGUGUUGAAGAGUUUCGAGGGUAAAAACAUCCCUAUUGAAUGGCACAAGCGCGAGGAAGAAAUGAAUGAACGACACCGACAGCAAUGGUACGAAGAGCAAGCGGCCAAAAAGACCAAGCGUAAUUUGGGUUCGCUCUUUGGCUCCGCCGCCGCUCCCCAAGUGGAAGGUCCUCCUCCCACCUACUUGGAGCAGAUGAGAAAGCACGUUCGAGAAACUUUCGCGGCAGAACACGAGCAAAUGAAGCAACAACAGGAUGAAAUGAUGAAGAAGGAAAUGGAAGAAAAUAUGGCCAAAUUGAAGGAAAUGAAGUUGACUAUGUGGGAUCUCAUGACCCAAAUGUCUUCGGGACAACCUUUACUUCCUCCUCCCGAGGCCGGUAGCGAUGGAUCGCAGCAACAGCAACAGCCUCAGCAGCCUCAACAAUAA